GAAAGAGGACGAUUGGAGGGCUCUUGGUUGCUGGGGUGGGGAGGUGGCCCGAGAAAGGAGGUAAUGAAUGUAGGGAGGGAAAUCGAUUUCUGCCUGGAAAGAACUAAAGCAGAGAAGGGGUUUGAGGUAUCUUUAGAACUAAGAGAGCGGUCCAGGUGUGGAAAAUGGGGUUAAAUUAAUACGGAAGGCCGAUAAAUCCUCGGAAUUGGAGGUUGGCAUACCCUCGGAAAGUACUGACAACUGUCUUUAUGUUCUCACGGGUAUCCGUAGGUUGAACCGGGGAGGGAUUGUUUUGUUUUAGGUACAGGCCAAAGUGAAGUAGUCCUGGGUGUAACUGGGGAGAUAGAAAGGUGGUAGUCUGGGACUGUUGGGGUUGAGAAUGAGAUGUGAUAUACUGAUAACUUUGGGAUUCUGGGUAUCCCCAUAGUCGUAGGUUAGUGAGAAGGAUUAUGAAGAAGAGGGGGCUCUUUUUGCUGUCUUUGGGUACUGAUGGAGUUUUUAUGGGAGAGACAUCCCUGAAGAGAAUAGAAACAGCGAGAGGGGAAAGGUUAAGCCACUGUGAAGGAUAGGUUGGAUGUCCCUGGACAAGAUUAGUGUGUGGAGAUCUUCUUUGCAAAAAGGACAAAUUUAUAUGGAAUGGGGAUCUGACAGUUCCUGGAGUGGGUUAGGAUAGAUUUGGAUCUUUUCUCAAAAGAAGAAAGGUUUAGAUUGAUACUGUUAUGGGCUUAUGGGAUGGGUUAAGGUUAUAACGUUGGCCUGGACCUUAAUGCAGAAAAGGAUAGUUUUGUUAUCUCCCCCCCCCCAAAAAAAAGCCCAUAAUAGGCAUCCCCAGAUGAGUUGUGGUGGCCUUAGGAAAAAGAGGGAGUCAUGCCACUGAGAAAAGGAGAUCCGGGUGCUCAGAGGGGAUAGCCCAGUACAUUUGGUCUUGAUGGAGAGAGAAAGGCAUGAGGAGGGUGAGAACAGUCUAGAUGUAAAGGAUUGGGCUUCUGUGGAGUUUCUUUUAGGUAAAGGUUGAUGAUACAGGAGAGCUUUUACUUACUUAUUUUCCAGACAGAGUUUCUCUGUGUAGCGUGACUGCCCUGUAACUUGCUCUGUGGGCCAGGCUGACCUCAAACUCAACGAACUCAGAGAUCUCCCUGCCUCUGCUUCCUGAGUGCUGGGAUUAAAGCCCAGGUCCUUGCUGCUGCCAUGACUGAGGAGAGCGAGGAGACAUUCCUGUAUAUAGAGCACCGCUAUGUCUGCUCUGAGUGCAACCAGCUCUAUGGCUCCCUGGAGGAGGUGCUUGUGCAUCAGAACUCCCACGUGCCCCAGCAGCACUUUGAGCUGGUGGGCGUGGCUGACCCUGGAGUCACAGUGGCCACAGAGGCAGCUUCAGGCACAGGCCUGUAUCAGACCCUCAUACAGGAGAGCCAGUACCAGUGUCUUGAGUGUGGACAGCUGCUCCUGUCACCUAGCCAGCUCCUGGAGCACCAGGAGCUACACCUGAAGAUGAUGGCACCCCAGGAGGCAGUGCCCGCUGAGCCACCCCCCAAGGUGCCCCCCUUGAGUUCCAGCACCAUCCACUAUGAGUGUGUGGAUUGUAAGGCUCUGUUUGCCAGCCAGGAGCUGUGGCUGAACCAUCGGCAGAUGCACCUCAGGGCCACCCCCACCAAGGCUCCUGCCCCCGUUGUCUUGGGGUCUCCAGUUGUCUUAGGCUCCCCUGUGGGCCAGGCCCGAGUAGCUGUGGAACAUUCAUACCGAAAAGCCGAAGAAGGUGGGGAAGGGGCAGCUGUCCCGUCUGCAGCUGCCGCCACAACCGAGAUGGUGACAGAAGUGGAGCUGCUCCUCUACAAGUGCUCCGAGUGCUCCCAGCUCUUCCAGCUGCCGGCUGACUUUCUGGAGCACCAGGCCACCCACUUCCCUGCUGUCCCAGAGGCCGAGGAGCCUGCCACAAAGCAGGAAACCCUGAUCCCCUCAACCACUGAGGUGCCAGCGUCUCUACCCGACCCCUUGCCAACCUCUGACCAUAGCUAUGAGCUGCGCAAUGGGGAGACCGUUGGCCGGGAUCGACGGGGGCGGAAGCCCCGGAGGAACAACAGUGGAGAGUCAGGUACAGCAGCCACCCAGGAACUCUUCUGCUCAGCCUGUGACCAGCUCUUCCUUUCACCCCACCAGCUGCAGCAGCACUUUCGGAGCCACCGGGAGGGUGUCUUUAAGUGUCCCCUGUGCAGUCGUGUCUUCCCCAGCCCUUCUAGUCUGGAUCAGCACCUUGGCGACCAUAGCAGCGAAUCUCAUUUCCUAUGUGUAGACUGUGGCCUGGCCUUUGGCACAGAAGCCCUUCUCUUGGCCCACCGGCGAGCCCAUACUCCAAAUCCUCUGCAUUCAUGUCCCUGUGGGAAGACCUUUGUCAACCUUACCAAGUUCCUUUAUCACCGGCGUACCCAUGGGGCAGGAGGUGUCCCUUUGCCCACAGCACCAGUUCUGCCAGAGGAGCCUGCCGUUAGCGUUCCUGAGCCAGCCCCUGCUGAGACCAGAGAGCCAGAGGCCCCAGAGCUCCCGGUGUCUGAGGAGAACCCAGCAGAGCCUGCGGCUCCAGGCACUUACCGCUGCCUCCUAUGUAGCCGUGAGUUUGUCAAGGCUUUGCAGCUGACCCGGCACCAGCGUUUUGUGCACCGACUAGAACGGCGUCACAAAUGCAGCAUUUGUGGCAAGAUGUUCAAGAAGAAGUCUCAUGUGCGGAACCAUCUGCGCACACACACCGGGGAACGGCCCUUCCCCUGCCCUGACUGCUCCAAACCCUUCAACUCACCUGCCAACCUGGCCCGCCACCGGCUCACACACACAGGGGAACGACCCUACCGCUGUGGGGACUGUGGCAAGGCUUUCACUCAGAGCUCCACUCUGAGACAGCAUCGCCUGGUGCAUGCCCAGCAUUUCCCCUACCGCUGCCAGGAAUGUGGACUGCGUUUUCACCGCCCUUAUCGCCUGCUCAUGCACCGCUACCACCACACAGGCGAGUACCCCUACAAGUGUCGUGAGUGUCCCCGCUCCUUCCUGCUGCGCCGGCUGCUAGAGGUACACCAGCUUGUGGUCCACGCUGGGCGCCAGCCCCACCACUGCCCAUCUUGUGGGGCUGCCUUCCCCUCCUCGCUGCGGCUUUAUGAGCAUCGGUGUGCAGCUGCUGCCGCCCAGGCCCCACGGCGCUUUGAGUGUGGGACCUGUGGCAAGAAAGUAGGCUCUGCUGCUCGUCUGCAGGCCCAUGAAGCUGCCCAUGCUGCUGCUGGUCCUGGAGAAGUCUUGGCUAAGGAACCUCCGGCUCCCAGGGCCUCAAGGGCCACUCGCACACCCGUCACUCCGUCCCCAACAGCCCUUGGUGGUGCAACCUCUGCUGCCCCUGCAGCCCCUGCCCGGCGGCGUGGCCUAGAAUGCAGUGAAUGCAAGAAGCUGUUCAGCACAGAGACGUCACUGCAGGUGCACCGGCGGAUCCACACAGGAGAACGGCCGUACCCGUGUCCAGACUGUGGCAAGGCCUUCCGCCAGAGUACCCAUCUGAAAGACCACCGACGCUUACACACAGGUGAGCGGCCCUUUGCCUGUGAAGUGUGUGGCAAGGCCUUUGCCAUCUCCAUGCGCCUUGCAGAACAUCGCCGCAUUCACACGGGUGAACGGCCCUACUCCUGCCCUGACUGCGGCAAGAGCUACCGCUCCUUCUCCAACCUCUGGAAGCAUCGCAAGACUCACCAGCAGCAGCACCAGGCUGCAGUGCGGCAGCAGCUGGCAGAGGCGGAGGCCGCUGUGGGCCUGGCUGUGAUGGAAACUGCAGUGGAGGCUCUGCCCCUUGUGGAGGCCAUUGAGAUCUACCCUUUAGCGGAGGCUGAAGGGGUCCAGAUCAGCAGCUGACUGGCCCCCAUUUUCCUCUUCAGCGUCACCAAGCCCUGAUGCUGCAGGUCUCCAACAGCCCCUUAAAACCUGUGUACAUAUCGUACCCCUCUCUCCUCUCCACCACCAUAUAAGUUCUGUAACUAAAUUUAUUCUCUUCUCUGAGGGGGUUGCUCUGGGGUCCUUGGUACAUAAAGGACCCCUCCCCCUCCCCACCUCCACUUGUUUGGUGGUCUCCAAAU